AUGACUUCAAAUUCGGACUCCCUGGCCCCUUCCCUUCGGAGAUUCUCAUUCGGCAGCCUGGCGGAGAGAACCAGCCCCGGCGCGGCGUCCGGCUCCCGCCGCGAACGGCCCGACUUCUGGGCGUCGCUGCUGCUCCGCGCCGGAGACAAGGCGGGGCGCGCGGGCGCCGGCGCGGGGCUGCCCCCCUACCACCGGCGCGUCGGCAUGGUCCAGGAGCUGCUGCGGAUGGUGCGCCAGGGCCGGCGGGAGGAGGCGGGGACGCUGCUGCAGCACCUGCGCCAGGACCUGGGCAUGGAGUCGACCUCGCUGGACGAUGUCCUGUACCGCUAUGCCAGCUUCAGGAACCUGGUGGACCCCAUCACACAUGACCUCAUCAUCAGCCUGGCCCGCUACAUCCACUGCCCCAAGCCGGAAGGCGAUGCACUGGGUGCCAUGGAGAAGCUGUGCCGGCAGCUGACCUACCACCUCAGCCCCCACUCCCAAUGGAGGCGGCCCCGGGGGCUGGUGAAGAGGAAGCCGCAGGCCUGCCUCAAGGCCGUCUUGGCCGGGAGUCCUCCAGACAACACAGUGGACCUGUCCGGCAUCCCACUGACCUCUCGUGACCUGGAGCGAGUAACUAGCUACCUGCAGCGCUGUGGGGAGCAGGUGGAUAGCGUGGAGUUGGGCUUCACAGGCCUCACGGACGACAUGGUCCUACAGCUGCUGCCGGCACUCAGCACACUGCCCCGCCUCACCACACUGGCCCUCAACGGAAACCGGCUGACUCGGGCCCUGCUGCGAGACCUCACCGACACCCUUAAAGACCCCAGCAAGUUUCCCAAUGUCACAUGGAUUGACCUGGGCAACAACGUGGACAUCUUCUCAUUGCCCCAGCCCUUCCUCCUCAGCCUGCGCAAACGCUCCCCAAAGCAAGGCCACCUGCCCACCAUCCUAGAGCUGGGUGAGGGCCCAGGUGGUGGGGAGGAGGCCCGGGAUGGCACAGUGGGCCAGGACCCUGGGGGAGGCCCUCUGGCCCUAGCCCAAGAGCACAAGGGCAGGGAGCUUGUAGAUGCAGCUCAGACGUGACAUGCAAGUAGGGGUCCUCACCAAGGAGUCCUUGCGGGGUAGGGUGGCCAAAGCAGGCCCUAUAGGGCUUCUAUAAGGGGGCUCAGGCCUAAUAAUGUCCUGGGGGGCCCCCACCCAUGAUAAACCAGAUUGUAGCAUCUGGAAAAGGGAGAUUGUGUUAAUACUGCUCUUUGGCCCUCUUCAUCUCCCUGUGUCAACCUGUUUAUCUGACUUUUGGCUCCUACAGUCAUUCCUGGCUCAAGAGGUAUCAUUCACUCAGCCUCCCCAAAUUUGGUACAGUAUAGAUGAAGCUUGAGCUAAAGUGCAAGGAGUGUAGAUGAGGUUUUACAUCUAACAUGGGAUUUUCCAAUUCGGCCAUUCCAUUUGAACCUGCUCCAGUCAGGUUGGAAUCUUGACCCUCACUCCUGGCUGCCCCACCUAGACUCUCCCUCCUCCCUUGUGGAACUCCAGUCUAGUUCCUAAUCUGCUUCUCCAUUUCUGUGGCCCACCCUUCUACUGUUCUACCAACUGCCUGGAAGCAGCCAUCGCCGUGGUACCUGUGGGCAAACAGGGUGUCCACUCAAGCCCCACAUCCCUUCACUCCCAUCAACUGACAGACCUUAUGUAGCUGAGUCCUGCUUCUAGGAUUUUAAGUCUUCCACAAAGAUCCUUGUGGAAUCAUAGGUAGUCCUUGAUACUUUGAGCAUUCCCAAUAAACCAUCAGAAAUGCAGGACAAUGUAGAUGAAGCCAACGCUUCAAACUCUUGGCGGAACUAGUGCCUCAAAGUAAGACAGAUGGAAGGGAGCUGUAAACUCAAGGCUUUCAAGGGGAACCAACAUUCUUGAGCCAGAAGAAAAUUGCCCAGAUGCCCAAAAGUUGAUCCAGUACCCAUCAGCAAACAGCAGGGGGUGCUAGAGAGGCAGUUUGAGGCCAGGCAGCAAGAUCCCAACCCAAAAGUGGGGUUUGGUGGUCAGAGACCUUGUAGCUCUAGACAAGUAAAUCAAAAGGAUUAUACCUUGCAUACUUUAUACUCUCUUAUGAAAACAGGUUAAACUGACUCUAGGGGAGUUGACAAUUGCUUAUACCUGCCUGGACUGUUAAUAUGUGACAAUGGUUACCAAAUUUAACUUUUUUCCACAAAUACAUUUUU